AUGCUGCUCGCAAAUAUGGAGCGUCAUGCUGAAUUUCCAUUUGUUGCAUAUUAUACAAUAAACACUCAACAAACGGAUCCACAAAAUUUCUUCUCGGGCGUUCGUGGUGCCUCAUUAUCGAAAUUUGAACCCAAAAACACUCGAUAUUCUGUGGCACAUACAUUAGAUGUUUAUAAGGAAGUUGCCGCAAUUUGUCGACCGCCUUUACAGCUAUUACCGUUUGAGCAAGCGAAUGUGAAAAAGGCCGCAACAACAGGCUAUAUAAUAUCGGUCUAUAAGGUACAUAAUGUUCUGAUUUUUUAUGAUGUUUGUAUACUUUAA